UAGGAAAUUUAAUCACAUGUAUAACUUAUGUGUUAGUAACGGCACUCAGUAUAGAAAACUAUUUAAGUAAUAACAGAGUUUUGAAAGAAGCUAAGGAAUAUAUAAGUGAUCUUUGUACAAAAAUGAGAGACAAUAAUUUGGCCGCUUAUGGUUUGGAUCAAGAUAUUGAUAAUAGUUCUACCAAUACAGAUAUUGUGAAAAAUAUGACCAUGCUGAAUGAAUUAAUUCUCUUUCAAGAGAGUUUAGUUAUUUUUAAAAUAUCAUUUUGGACACAUGAAUCAUCUAAGAAUACUGAGGAAGACAUAUUAAAAUUAUUUAAGACCUAUAAAACAUAUAUUUCUUGCAUUGAGAAAAGUCGAACCAAAGGUGCGAAAAAAGUGAAGAAAAAAACAAAUGCUACUACUACGGAUUCUAUGCUGCAAAAACCUGUGGCUAAAAUGAAACUUCCUAAAUCUUUGCUUACGCUUCCAAUUUUAACAAAUCUGCUGCAAAUAUUGUAUAGCAAAACCUGUGACGUUUCUUCAAAGAUUUUGAAAACAAGUACCGAAUUUCACCAGUACGUCUUAAAAGCAAUGCUUCAGACUUUUGAAACUAUUGGUACCUCAUUGGAAGUAGAUGAUAAAGAAUCGAAAAAAACGUCUUUCACAUUGUUCACUCGCUGUGGAAGGAUACUUUUUGAAAAUUGUUUAUCACAAUUAAAUGUUUUAGCAGAUUUUGAUUUAGCUACAACCGUUUCAUCAGUAGAGGUAUUCACCAAUAUUCUUCAGUUAAUUGAUAUACAUUAUUCAAAGAAAAUGUCCCACUUUUUAUCAGCACUUGGUGAUGAUCACAGCCGAGAUAAUCUACAGGAAUCACUUGUUUACAUACUAUCACAAUUCAAAAUUUAUUUGAACGAGUGUUUGAAAAAUGAAAUUCUUCUUGAUUUCAAUAAUCAAAUUGUGCUUAGCUUGAUACAAUGUGUGCAAACAUUUAUUAAACAUUUAUCACUUUCUGCAGAAACAUUAGCUUUUGAGACCUCUGAAUGGAUACUAUCCUUAUUAGAAAUAAAAACUUCAAAUACAAUUUCAAAAGCAUUGCUGAGCUUAUACAUAACUUUUGAUGCUCAAAUUAGGAUUACAUCGGAUACAUGUUUAAACGCAGCUGCUAAAGUGUGUUCAAUAAUGGGGACUAUUAAUGAGGAACAAGUGCAGCCUGUUAGUUCUUUAUGCAUCAUAAAUGAGGAAACAAUGGAUGCAACCGUUCAAGUGAUCUGUGAUAAAUGUAGAGAAGAACUUAACCGGAUAGAUUAUGUUAUUCAAUAUUUAAAUGGAUAUUAUACAGUAACCAUGAAUAUGAAAAAUUUAAAUUUAAAUUCAAAUUUUGGCUAUGAUUAUUUUCAGGAAAAGGAAUAUUCAACUUGUACCCAUAUUUGUGACAUAAUAAUGAUCUUGAAUUCAUUGAGUAAUUCACAAAUACCGACUGGCAUAUGCACAGACACUUUAUUCAAGACCUUGCAAAGCUUAUAUGAAACCUUGUUCAAUGUGACCAAAUAUUUUUCUAGGAGAGUUACUGAAUCAGCAGCAGUAGUUGUAAGAACAAGGUUUGACAAAGCAGUAAAGCUUGCAGGGAAAAAAUUAUGUGGCGCUGUUUAUAGAUUAAUUUCACAUGUUGAGGAAAUGCAGGACAACAAACAGAAAACAAAAGUUCUUCGACAAACUAGAAUGAUUCCAAAUUUAGUCUAUGCAAUUGAGAAAUUUAAAAAAAGUGUUAUUGGAUUGUCAUCGAAAACAAAUAGUUCAACCACGGCCAUUUUAACUGCUGCCUUAAAUAUUGGGACCACUCGAGAUUUUCGCUUGCAUUUACAAACAUUGCAAAGUGCUCUGAGUAGCACCGUUGAAGAGGAAGCAGUAUCAAUUAUAGAGGACAGUACCAUAAGUGAAACAGAAGCUGAAUCUGUUACUGAAGAUAGUGCUUCAGAUAAUUGUAGAAGUAAAACUAAGAGAAUUCGUUUAAAGUGA